AGAAGUUUAUAACCAGUUUAGUAUCACGAAUAUUGUUUUACAGCUUGGUGCAUAGCUUUAAGAAUAUGCUGUCGUCAAAGCGAAACACCAAACUGUCGUCUAAUACCGGAUCAUCGGGUACAACUCCAAUGAAAGGUGCUGCAAAAACAAAAAGUGGCGUUUUUGGUUCCACGGCGUCCAGUGGAGCAAAAGCUACGUCCGGUUCCACUGCUGCUUCGACCACCAGCCGUCGUCCUUCGUCACAGAAAGAUGCCUCGAAGACCACCGAGAAAGCAAGAGAUAAAGCAAAACCUUCAUCAGCAAAAUCAAGCAGCUCUUCUGCGUCGUCUAGCGGCCGAAGUUCUGUGCUUUCCAGCCGCAGGACAAACAAAGACACGCCAGUCGGCAGCAAGACGAGAUCUGAUGCGGAUAAAAGUUCUCUAGAAACCAAAAUCAAAGACCUAAUGGCGCUCGCAAAAACUAAAGAUUCUGAAAUAAGAUCACUGAAAGCAAAACUCGAUCAGAUGAUGCUGCUCCUCCAGAAACAACAGGAUCCUGAAUCCGUGUCCUCCAAGAUGGAAGCUUCUCCUCCGUCCUUCACAUCCCUUGUUAAACUAACAGAUGAUUCAACGAAAGCAGAAGAGACCAAACAAACCGGUGACGUCACAAAUGAACUUGGCACGCUACAGAGUGAGAACAUGAAGUUACGUGAACAGGUAGACACCAUGUUGCUAUCUAUGAAGAAAAAGGACGAAAUUAUUAUUUCACAUCAGCAACGUUUACACGGACAAGAUUUAGACGCGCUGUCUAAUGACGAUGGUCUCAGUUCAUCAUUGGAUGAUCUAACUUCAGGGGGAAGUUUGGAAUUUUUUCAAUCUGCAUCCAGAUCGACAUCAGCUGAGAAUCUUUUAGAAUGUGGGUCGGGUCAUCUACUUACAGGCUCAGAGGGUUGUAUAAGCGAGACUUCUUCAGUGACCGUAGCCUGCCUUACUGAACGUAUUCAUCAGAUGGAAGAAACUCAUAUAAGCACAAACGAAGAACUAGAAGCGACCGUACAGGAGCUAACAGACCUCCAGAAAUCUGUCCCAGAGUUGUCGAUUGACAACAACCGCUUGCAGCGUGAGAAGGGAUUUCUUAUGGAAAAACUUGAACACUCGGAGAAAAAACUCGCUGAACAAACUGCCAAGAUCGACCAUUUAAGAGCUUUGGUGUCUGAUCACUUAAGUGAUGGAUCAAACCACAGUGAAUUGAAACAACAGUAUGUCGUGCUUCUCAAUGAGCGAGAAAAGCUCCUCCAAGUCCAGGAGUCGAUUACUGAAGAGGUUAGAAUCGCUGAGCAAGCGAGGAAGGAUCAACAAGAGCUUGCCGAAGCUCUUCGAGAAAGAUUAAGACAUCUGGAGCGAGAAUUAACGCAUGCACACACGGCAAAAUCUCGCCUGGAAAAGAAGUUAAAGGAGGUAAAAGAUGAAGCAGAAGAAGAGCAAUCGGAGGUAGUUCAGCGAUUAGAAGAUGAACUUAAGGAAGAGAGGAAGAAAGUUGAGGAGCUUGUAAUAAGAGGAGGAAGCAAUGGAGAGGAAAGGGAUGUAAUCGAAGCUCUUCGGGCUGAAAAACAGGAAUUAGAGGAAAAAUACUUGCUGCUUGAAGACGACAUGAAUCAGUGUCAACUUGAAAAUGAAAAACUUGACGUAAAAGUUGCUGAACUUGAGGAGGAAUUAGAAGAAUCAAAAGCCAAAACACAGAAAGAUCUCUCAGAGUUGUCGGAAGUAAUUGAUCGUCUUCAGGAAGAUCUAAGGAUCAAACAAGCAUCACUGGAUGAGGCGAAUGAAACACUUUUCGUCAUGGAGGAUUCUGUAGAGCAACAUAUUGCUGUAAAGAAACACGAUAACCAUAUCAUUCAACAACUACAGAACCAAAUAUCGGAUCUUAAGGAAGAAAGGUUUCGGUUGGAGAAAGAAAUUCAACAGUUAAAGAAAGAACAAAGGAAUCAGUCGGAGGAAUGGAAACAAUUCCAAGCUGAUCUACAGAUGGCUGUUAUGAUUGCUAAUGAUAUGAAAGCAGAAACUCAAGCUGAGGUUUCGAGACUGCGUGAAGACAACCAGAUCUUAGAUGAAAAUGUCACAAAACUCCGUGUGGAGAACGAACAACUGAGGAGGAAGAGACAAUCCUCUGUGUCCUCAACCUCCGCUGCCAUCCUUGAAGCUGCAUCACUUCGACAAGGAGUCGGAAGAACCUCUAUGGAAAACAAUAUUGCUGCUCUUAGAGAGUCAUAUAAAAGCCGUCGAUCCGGAAACCACUCACCGGGUGUGCAGAGCUUGAUAAAGUCGUUUGACAGCCAAGUCACCGCUGAACCCACUUCCCCAACGUCACCUGGAAGAACCCAUCCUCCUCUUACGUCAUCCGCGAGCAUCCCAGCCGAUAUGACGUCAUUUUCCGCUCCGUUCAGCCCCACAAAGACACAAACAUCUCGCCCGGGCACGAGUCCCGUUACCGCCACUGUGAGCCCGAUGCAACGUCAUCAUUCGAUGACGUCAUUCACGCAGGCCGGCGGUUCCCCCAAUACAAUGUCUCACGUUGGGAAACUACCAACUCCACCAAACGGGUCAGCGUCGAGCAGUAAACCCGGCACACCUGACAGCCGAGGCAGUGUUAGCGGCAACGAUUUGUCCCAACUCUCCACGCUACUUCGCCGAAACUCCAAUCAAGAAACUCGCAAAUCGUCCACAGAAUCGCGCAAGCCGCUUACUGACAUUCUGGACCGUCUUGGCCCGAGUCCCCCCGCCAUUACACGCAGUCAAUCACCUAUUGUGACGUCAAAUACGGCCCCACCGGCGCAGAAGAAGCACAGGAAUGCUGCGGUAUCUACUUCUGCCGGUGACGCUCUAUCUUCACUAGCAAGGAGGUAUGGUGGUUCAAAAAGGAACGCUCUACUCAAAUGGUGUCAAGAAAAAACAAAGGCAUAUCCUGGCAUCGAUAUUACAAACUUCAGCAGCAGCUGGUCCGAUGGUCUCGCCUUAUGUUCACUUCUACAUUCAUACUUACCAGCACACAUACCUUAUAAAUCACUGGAACAAACAUACAUGGCUGCAACUGAUGAGAAAACGAGGCUGCAGCUUCAGGCGAAAAAUUUCCGCUUAGCGUUCGCGGCAGCAGAGAGCGUGGGCAUCGAACCAACAUUGACGACUGACGAAAUGACAAUGAAAGAUCGACCUGACUGGCAGAGGGUGAUGUCUUACGUCACACAAGUCUACAAAUACUUCGAAACGUGAAAAAAACGACCCUCGUUGCUUUGCUUUUAUAUCCUAUGAUGGCUUAACAAAAAGAUUACACGCCGUACUUAAGUCUUGUCGGAGCCACUGCUAUAUAACAUACAGAACAUGCUACUGUUAACACAACUUUUGUUAUGCCCGCCCUUAUUUUACGCACUGUGAUGUUACUGCGGUUGAAUAACGCUUGCUGCGAAUCGUUUUAUGUGUAAAGUGUUCCUCUAGCAACCGUGAGUAAUAUGUCACAACAGAAAUACAAAUCACGUACACAGUAUAAA